AUGUCGACUUGCGACUAUCGCUUCGACUUCUCCUCCGAUUCCGAUUUCGAUUCCGAUGCAUCCCCAACAUCCAGCCCGGCACCCCAGAGUUCCAUACUUCUCAGGUGGAACCGGGACACACCCCUACUUGCUGCUCAACAGCUAUCUGCUUCAUAUCAUUGCCAAGGAGCUGAUGCCAGAGAAUCGGCUCUCAUGGACCAUGUAGGCGAGGUUUGUAUUCAACGUGAUCGCCUCAAGUCUAGACUGUCCCAGAUCGAUGCUAAACUAUCAGAAGCAGAGAAAGAAGUCCAUUCGCCCAGAGCGUGGUUUGAAACUCUCUCUGCUCACAGUCGAAGAAAGACCGUGACUCAAGCUUCCAUCGAUGAGCUGAACAAAGACAAAACCCAAAUCGAGCUUGUGCUGCAAACGUGCUUUAAACAAUUUGAAGAAAUAGACGAAGAAGCUCGGAGAGUUUCUGAGAUUAUACUUUGUGACAAAGUCACUCAGUACCGGGAUACACUCUUCGAUGAGUUGACCAGGGUCAGAUACGAUUCAAUCGUUGACUCUUUUCCUAUAAUGACUUCAACAGAAGGACUGAAAGAAUCCAUCCAAAAGUCUUACGAUCAAUGCGAGACCGAUGAAGAUCGAUUUAGUAAUCGGAUUGGGGAGAUGCACAUGGAAGUGACGAGUUUUGAGGUUGAUGACCGCUCGAAAAUGUCGGUACCAGUCUCGGUUAUAUUAGAUAAGAGACGACUUGAUCUGGAAGUGGCAAGAGGUAGUAUGAACCAAAGUUCCAAGGUCACCAUCGUUCCUGCUGAUAGGACGAGGUAUGAUCAUAUCCUACCCGAAACCUCAUGGGUCCCCGAUGGCCACUUGAUAGGACAGAAUGUUAUUGAUGAUAUGAAAGAGCUCGGGUUAAACAGCAAAGGGUGGCCGGUUGGUGCUGAAGCUCAUGGCAAGGCGGUGUCGGGUAUCCUCAGAAUGUGA